CUUGCACCUUGUCUCCUCCCGCUCUCACAUUAAUGCGUAUUUCUGCAGUAUGUAUACUCGAUAAAAAAAAACAUACAGACAGACAAAAAUGAAACUUGUCAACACUCUAUUAUUGCUGAUUUUUGGGGCGUCCAUUGUUCCUGUGUCUGACAGCAGAGCCAUUUUGAGAAAGGGCAGAGAACGGAAAUCUCGAUCCACCAGCAAUGUCUUGUCUAUUGGUGACGAUGGUAGUAUUGCCAACAGUCAACAUGAGAAUUCACUUUACAAACUGACGGGAAAACUGCACGCCCUGGGGAAAUUCACUGACAGCAAUGCGAUAAAAAAAGAUGGCUCUGGUUCUAGUAAUGUCGGGAAGAACAGAACGAACCACGGGGUUCCUUUUACUGAAGUCAAUGUCCAUCAAGAUGGUGGCCGUAAAGAUACUAGUAAUAAUACAGAUGAUGAAAAUGUUACUGACGCAACACAAGACCCUAGCUCUGAUGGUGGGAAGAAUAACACGAACCAUGCUGUUCCUUUUACUGAAAUCUCUGGCCAUCACGGUGACGAUCGUAAAGAUAAUGGCAAUAACGCAGGUGGCAGAACUUUGACUGCUGCAACACAAGACGAUAACCCUAAUGGUGGGAGGAAUAACAUGAACCAUGUUGUUCCCUUUACUGGUGCCUUUGUCCAUCAUAGUGACGACAGUAAAGAUAAUAGUAACAACGCUGAUGGUAGGAAUGUGACUGCUGCAAUAGAAGAAGAUAACUCUGAUACUAGUAACGGUGGGAAGAAUAAAAUGAACUCUGCUGUUCCUUUUAUUGACGCCUUUGUCCAUCAUGGUGACGAUCGUAAAGAUAAUAGUAAUAAUACAGAUGGUAGAACUGUGACUGCUGCAAUAGAAGAAGAUAACUCAGAUACGAGUAAUGAUGAAAAGAAUAAAAUAAACCACGGUAUUCCUUUUAUUGACGUCUUUGUCCAUCAUGGUGACGAUCGUAAAGAGAAUGGUAAUAAUACAGAUGGUAGAACUGUGACUGCUGCAACACAAGACGAUAACUCUGAUACUAGUAAUGAUGGGAAGAAUGACAUGAACAAUGCUGUUCAUUUUACUGGUACCAUUGUCCAGCAGAGUGAUGACCGUAAGGACAAUGGUAAUAACACAGAUAGGAGAAUUGUGACUGUUGCAACACAAGACGACAACUCUGAUACUAGUAAUGAUGGGAAGAAUGACAUGAACAAUGCUGUUCAUUUUACUGGUACCAUUGUUCAGCAGAGUGACGACAGGAAAGAUAAUGGCAAUAACACAGAUAGGAGAAUUGUGACUGUUGCAACUCAAGACGAUAGCUCUGAUUCUAGUAAUGACGGAAAUAAUAAAAUUAACAAUGGGGUUCCUUUUACUGGUGCCUUUGUUCAGCACGAUGAUGACCAUAAAAAUAAUGGCAAUAACGCAGAUAGGAGAACUGUUACUGAUACAAUUCAAGGCUAUAACUCUGAUUCUAGUAAUGGCGAGAAAAAUACAAUUAACCUUGUUGUUCCUUUUACUGAUGCCAACGUCGAUCAUGGUGACGACUAUAAAGACAAUGGUAAUAACGCAGAUGGUAGAACUGUGACUGCUGCAACACAAGACGAUAACAAUUCUAGUAAUGGUGAGAAGAAUAUGAACAAUGGGGCUCCUUUUAUUGGUGCCAAUGUCGAUCAAGGUGACGACAGGAAAGCGAAUGGUAAUAACACUCUUGGACGAAAUGCGACUGCUGAAAUCUUUAAUAAUCAUAUUAAUGAUGACGACGAUGAUUCAGCUAAUAACGAUGGUAGCAACAACAUUGUCACAUCUAUUAUUGCUGGUGAUGAAAAUGCGGAUGCCAGUGAUGCUGGUGAUGGCUUUAGAAACGAAAUCAGUGUAAAUAUUCAGAAACAUCACGAUGAUGACAUCAGUUCAGAUGAUGAUGAUGAUGAUGAUGAAAAAACAGAUGGUGAUUAUGUCAAUGCAUCUGAUGUCACUGUUGAUGAUGUGCAUGGUGAUAGUGAUCAGGAUGGUGAUGACAGCGAUGAGGAAAAGAAAAAGGAUAAUAAUGAUAACAAUGUUGAUGACGAUGAUAAUAAGAAAGUUGAUAAUGAUAGGAAUGGUGAUGAUAGCGAUGAGGAAAAGAACAAUGAUAAUAACGAUAAAAAUAUUGAUGAUGAUAAUAAGAAAGUUGAUAGUGAUCUGAAUGGUGAUGAUAGCGAUGAGGAAAAGAACAAUGAUAAUAAUGAUAAAAAUAUUGAUGAUGAUGAUACUAAGAAAGUUGAUAGUUAUCGGAAUGGUGAUGAUAACGAUGAGAAAAAUUAUAAUGAUAACAAUGUUGAUGACGAUGAUAAUAAGAAAGUUGAUAGUUAUCGGGAUGGUGAUGAUAGUGAUGAGGAAAAUAAUAAUGAUAAUAAUGAUAACAAUGUUGAUGACGAUGAUAAUAAGAAAGUUGAUAGUGAUCUGAAUGGUGAUGAUAGCAAUGAGGAAAAGAAUAAUGAUAACAAUGUUGAUGAUGAUGAUAAUAAGAAAGUUGAUAGUGGUCGGAAUGGUGAUGAUAGCGAUGAGGAAAAGAACAAUGAUAAUAAUGAUAACAAUGUUGAUGACGAUGAUAAAAAAGUUGAUAGUGAUCUGAAUGGUGAUGAUAGCGAUGAGGAAAAGAACAAUGAUAAUAAUGAUAACAAUGUUGAUGACGAUGAUAAUAAGAAAGUUGAUAGUGAUCUGAAUGGUGAUGAUAGCGAUGAGGAAAAGAACAAUGAUAACAAUGUUGAUGACGAUGAUAAUAAGAAAGUUGAUAGUGAUCUGAAUGGAGAUGAUAGCGAUGAGGAAAAGAACAAUGAUAACAAUGUUGAUGACGAUGAUAAUAAGAAAGUUGAUAGUGAUCUGAAUGGUGAUGAUAGCGAUGAGGAAAAGAACAAUGAUAAUAAUGAUAACAAUGUUGAUGACGAUGAUAAUAAAAAAGUUGAUUUUGAUCGGGAUGGUGAUGACAGCGAUGAGGAAAAUGAAAAUGAUAAUAAUGAUAACAAUGUUGAUGACGGUGAUAACAAGAAAGUUGAUAGUUAUCGGGAUGGUGAUGAUAGUGAUGAGGAAAAGAACACUGAUAAUAAUGAUUACAAUGUUGAUGACGAUGAUAAUAAGAAAGUUGAUAGUAGUCAGAAUGGUGAUGACAGCGAUGAGAAAAAGAACAAUGAUAACAAUGUUGGUGACGAUGAUAAUAAGAAAGUUGAUAGUGAUCUGAAUGGUGAUGAUAGCGAUGAGGAAAAGAACAAUGAUAAUAAUGAUAACAAUGUUGAUGACGAUGAUAAUAAGAAAGUUGAUAGUGGUCAGAAUGGUGAUGACAGCGAUGAGGAAAAGAACAAUGAUAACAAUGUUGAUGAUGAUGAUAAUAAAGUUGAUAGUGAUCUGAAUGGUGAUGAUAGCGAUGAGGAAAAUAAUAAUAAUGAUAACAGUGUUGAUGAUGAUGAUGAUGAUAAGAAAGUUGAUAGUGAUCUGAAUGGUGAUGAUAGCGAUGAGGAAAAGAACAAUGAUAAUAAUGAUAACAAUGUUGAUGACGAUGAUAAUAAGAAAGUUGAUAGUAGUCAGAAUGGUGAUGAUAGCGAUGAGGAAAAGAACAAUGAUAACAAUGUUGAUGACGAUGAUAAUAAGAAAGUUGAUAGUGAUCUGAAUGGUGAUGAUAGCGAUGAGGAAAAGAACAAUGAUAAUAAUGAUAACAAUGUUGAUGACGAUGAUAAUAAGAAAGUUGAUAGUGGUCAGAAUGGUGAUGACAGCGAUGAGGAAAAGAACAAUGAUAAUAAUGAUAACAAUGUUGAUGACGAUGAUAAUAAGAACGUUGAUAGUGAUCUGAAUGGUGAUGAUAGCGAUGAGGAAAAGAAUAAUAAUGAUAACAAUGUUGAUGAUGAUGAUAAGAAAGUUGAUCGUGAUCUGAAUGGUGAUGAUAGCGAUGAGGAAAAGAACAAUGAUAAUAAUGAUAACAAUGUUGAUGACGAUGAUAAUAAGAAAGUUGAUAGUGGUCAGAAUGGUGAUGACGGCGAUGAGGAAAAGAACAAUGAUAACAAUGUUGAUGAUGAUGAUAAUAAGAAAGUUGAUAGUGAUCUGAAUGGUGAUGAUAGCGAUGAGGAAAAGAAUAAUAAUGAUAACAAUGUUGAUGAUGAUGAUAAGAAAGUUGAUAGUGAUCUGAAUGGUGAUGAUAGCGAUGAGGAAAAGAACAAUGAUAAUAAUGAUAACAAUGUUGAUGAUGAUGAUGAUAAUAAUAAGAAAGUUGAUAGUAGUCGGAAUGGUGAUGAUAGCGAUGAGGAAAAGAACAAUGAUAAUAAUGAUAACAAUGUUGAUGACGAUGAUAAUAAGAAAGUUGAUAGUGAUCUGAAUGGUGAUGACAGCGAUGAGGAAAAGAACAAUGAUAAUAAUGAUAACAAUGUUGUUGAUGAUGAUGAUAAUAAUAAGAAAGUUGAUAGUUAUCGGGAUGGUGAUGAUAGUGAUGAGGAAAAGAAUAAUAAUGAUAAUAAUGAUAACAAUGUUGAUGACGAUGAAAAUAAGAAAGUUGAUAGUGGUCGGAAUGGUGAUGACAGCGAUGAGGAAAAGAACAAUGAUAACAAUGUUGAUGAUGAUAAUAAGAAAGUUGAUAGUGAUCUGAAUGGUGAUGAUAGCGAUGAGGAAAAGAAUAAUGAUAACAAUGUUGAUGACGAUGAUAAUAAGAAAGUUGAUAGUUAUCGGGAUGGUGAUGAUAGCGAUGAGGAAAAGAAUGAUAACAAUGUUGAUGACGAUGAUAAUAAAAAAGUUGAUUUUGAUCGGGAUGGCGAUGACAGCGAUGAGGAAAAUGAUAAUGAUAAUGAUGAUAACAAUGUUGAUGACGGUGAUAAUAAGAAAGUUGAUAGUGAUCGGGAUGGUGUUGAUAGUGAUGAGGAAAAUGAUAAUAAUAAUAAUGUUGACGACGAUGAUAAUAAGAAAGUUGGUAGUGAUCGGGAUGGUGUUGACAGCGAUGAGGAAAAUAAUAAUGAUAAUAAUGAUAACAAUGUUGACGACGAUGAUAAUAAGAAAGUUGAUAGUGAUCGGGAUGGUGUUGACAGCGAUGAGGAAAAUAAUGAUAACAAUGUUGAUGAUGAUGAUAAUAAGAAAGUUGAUAGUGAUCGGGAUGGUGAUGAUAUAGAUGUGGAAAAGAACAAUGAUAACAAUGUUGAUGAUGAUGAUAAUAAGAAAGUUGAUAGUUAUCGGAAUGGUGAUGAUAGCGAUGAGGAAAAUAAUAAUAAUGAUAACAAUGUUGAUGACGAUGAUAAUAAGAAAGCUGAUAGUGAUCGAGAUGAUGAUGAUGUUGAUGAUGAUGAUGAUGAUGGCAAUAAGGACAAUAGUAAUCGGGAUGUUGAUAAUAGGCCUUAUGCUAACAAUGGUGAUAAGAAAACUAUUGAUAAUAACAGAAAAGAUGAUGACAAUGUUGGUGAUAACGGUGAUGACAGUGACGAGAAGAGAGUUGCUAAUGAUAAUGAUCAUGAUAAUGUCAGUGAUAUUAACAACGUUGUCACUGGUCAGAAAACUAAUGAUGAUGGUGUUGGCGAUGAUAAUGAUGAUCAUGAUAACGUCAAUGAUAUUAGCAACGUUGUCAAUGAUGAGAAAACUAAUGAUCGUGAUGACGAUGAUAAUGAUAAUAAUGAUGAUGUCAAUGUUAUUAACAACGUUGUCACUGUUGAGAAAACUAAUGAUCGUGAUGACGAUAAUAAUGAUGAGAAUCAGAAUAAAAAUGAAGAUAAUGAUGAUGAUGAUGAUGAUGAUAAUGAUCAUGAUGAUUCUGAUAAUGACGAUCAGAAGAGAAAUGAUGAUGAUAUUGACAAUAACAAUGAUAAUGGAAAGAGUGGUCAUGGUGGUGAUGACGAUGAUGAUGCCGACGGCAUUAGUGAUACCCAUCGGGAUAUCAAUGAGAGUAAUGGUGAAGAUCGCGAAGAAGAUGAUGAUGGUGACGAUGGUGGUGAUGACAACAUUAAUGAUAGUCGUGGGAAUAUCAAUAAUGAUUAUAAGAAUAAUGAUGAUGAUGGUGGUGGUGAUAAUAAUAAAGACAAUAGUGAUGCUGACGUUGAUGAUGACAGUGCCAAAGCUGGAGAGAAAACAAUGAGCACAGACGUUAAAAGAAACAGCACCGACAAUGAUACAGAUGAUGAUGGUCGUAGUGAUAAUGAUAACAAUGCUAAUACUGACAGUGAUACAGAUGUUGAUGGUCAUAGUAAUAAUAAAAACACUGAUACAGAUGAAGAUGGUCAGAGUGAUAAUAAAAACAAUGCUAAUACUGACAAUGAUACAGAUGAUGAUGGUCAUAGUGAUAAUGAUAACAAUGCUAAUACUGACAGUGAUACAGAUGUUGAUGGUCAUAGUAAUAAUAAAAACAAUGCUAAUACUGACAAUGAUACAGAUGAUGGUGGUCAUAGUGAUAUCGAAAACAAUGCUAAUAGUGACAAUGAUACAGAUGACGAUGGUCAUAGUAAUAAUGGAAACAAUACUAAUACCAACAAUGAUACAGAUGACGAUGGUCAUAGUGAUAUCGAAAGCAAAGCUAAUACUGAUAAUAGCACGGAUAAAGUUCAUGACGAUGACGUUAAUACUACAAAUGAUCAUGGCGAUGGACAUUAUGAUAAGAACAAUGAUACACUUAAUGGUAAUGACAAUAAUAAUAAUAAUAUAAAUGAUGAUGAUAAUGAUAAUGAUAAUAAUACAAUGGUUGACGAUGACGAUAACAAAGGAUUUGAAAACGAGACGUCACAACAAGAAGCACUUAGUGGAGCUCGGGAAUCGAAGCAGGAAGAUGAUUUAAACAUAGAUGAUAUCAGAAAUAUAACAGAAACAAACGGUGAAAAAGACACUGCGACAGCUCAACUACCAGCAAUUAUAGGCAAAGUAUCAGCAGGUACUGUAGACCAAACACCAAUCGGAAGUGACGUCACCGGCAGACGUGACCUCACAGACGAACACCGCAUGGAUGAUAUGAGCGUCAAAGUUGAUGACUCUGAUGUACGAACUCUGAUCGGUUCUAAGUCUAAACGCCAUGACGACGAUUCGGGUACGAAACUAAAUAAUGGACUCCAUGAUUCAGAUACGAAACUAAAGAAUAGAUCCCAUGAUGCAGAUACGAAACUAAAGAAUGGACUCCAUGAUUCAGAUACGAAACUAAAGAAUGGAUCCCAUGAUGCAGAUACGAAACUAAAGAAUGGAUUCCAUGAUUCAGAUACGAAACUAAAGAAUGGAUCCCAUGAUGCAGAUACGAAACUAAAGAAUGGAUUCCAUGAUUCAGAUACGAAACUAAAGAAUGGACUCCAUGAUUCAGAUACGAAACUAAAGAAUGGAUCAGAAAAACAAAACCAUGAGUCCAAAGGAACACGUGCGUUUAACCAGAACAACACGAUGAACGCAGACGAUGACCAGAAGAAUAAUAGUCGAGUUAACGAAAUAGCAAACAACACUGCAUCCGGAUUGCACAUCAUUUCUAAGGACGAGAAGGAUGGAAUUCUAAUGAAUUCAAGUGGCCUCCCACCACCAGAUGUAGGACGAUCAUCCUAUAAACAGGAUGAUUCGGGACAGACAAAUAUUUGAAACAUUCAACAACAGUAGACCGAAAAUAGCAUAGAAAUUGAAAAUCAGAUAAUAUUAUUGAGCAUAAAAUAUUAACAAGGCCACAAAAACGGAGCUAAUACUCGUAUUUCACGACGCUAAAUUUAAACAGACAUACAAUAGACUGUUCAAAAAAAAAAAUGCUUGUGCGAUUUAAAAAUAAAAUAAAAAAUUAAAGGUA